GUGACCUUGGCCCUCCUCUUCACUUGGUUGUCUAACAGGCAGAGAGGACGAGCAUGGCUAAUAAAGAUCCCGGGAGUUUUCUGCAGCAGCUGCGGCAGAUAGCAGGCAGGAUGUCAUCAGGACCUCGGGGUGCAGGACUCGGUGUCAAACUGCUGAUUGGUGCCGGAGCUCUGGCUUAUGGAGUGAAGGAAGCCACGUACACAGUUGAAGGAGGACAGAGAGCGAUCAUCUUCAACAGGAUCGGAGGGAUGCAGAUGGACACGGUGCUCGCAGAGGGACUCCACUUCAGGAUACCCUGGUUCCAGUAUCCCAUCAUCUACGACAUCCGAGCCAGACCCAGAAAGAUCUCCUCGCUCACCGGGAGCAAAGACCUUCAGAUGGUGAACCUCACGCUGCGAGUUCUGUCCCGGCCGCUGGCGUCCAACCUGCCCGUCCUCUACCAGCAGCUGGGUCAGGACUACGACGAGCGCGUGCUGCCCUCCAUCGUCAACGAGGUGCUGAAGAGCGUGGUGGCCAAAUUCAACGCCUCACAGCUCAUCACACAGAGAGCACAGGUGUCCAUGCUGAUCCGCAGGGAGCUGUUUGAUCGGGCCAAAGACUUCAACAUCAUCCUGGACGACGUGGCCAUCACCGAGCUCAGCUUCAGCCGGGAGUACACGGCCGCCGUGGAGUCCAAGCAAGUCGCCCAGCAGGAGGCGCAGCGAGCUCAGUUUUAUGUGGAGAAGGCCAAACAGGACCAGAGACAGAAGAUCAUCCAGGCUGAGGGAGAAGCUCAAGCCGCCAAGAUGCUGGGCGAGGCUGUGACGAAGAACCCGGGCUACCUGAAACUGAGGAAGAUCCGGGCGGCGCAGAACAUCGCCAAGACGGUGGCGCAGUCCCAAAACAGAGUGUACCUGAACGCUGACAGCCUGGUGCUCAACCUGCAGGACAGCGACAAGUUCAAUUUCAGUCGCUGAUGAAGUCAGGACGUCGUCUCCUGGUCGGCAGGACGUCGUCAUUCCUUCACUUCCUCUCCUCCAGCAACAAACUCCCUCCGGUCUUCUCGCAGCGCUUCUCGCAGGUUAAUCGACUCCGCAUCAGGUUUUCAGUCUGAUCCAGGUUUAUCUGUGAACCACUUCCUGUACGGGGGGAGGGGGAGGGGCCACAACAGUUGACUGUAACCUGUGGAUUCCUGUGUCAUCCAGCUGCUGGGUGAUUUUAUUUUGAAAGGUUCCUGUGGUGUUGGUAAAAGACUCCUCCUCCAGUUUGUUUUCGCCUUCUUGUUUUUGCUUUUUCAGAAUCAGAAAAACUUGAUUAAUGAAUAAGAAGCUGGUUUCAUCCACCACUCGAGUCGUGGUUCUGACGCUUCCUGCGGCGCCGCGUUCACCUGUUCGUCUUUUCUGUACAUAAAGAUUUUCAUGUGGACGAACGCGUCUUCGUCAGUCCUCAGAUCGUCCCUUUAACGAGUAGGAAUUCAUUACGUAAAACACAUUUACAUUCACAGGACUGAGUUAAAGCGCCAGUGUCAUGACUUUAAACCAACACCAGAGGAAUCUUCAUUAAAGGUCAGUUCUCCAAAAUCACAAAGACGAGCUUCAACGUUACUGGUUGUGAUUUUUAUGAGAGAAAAAGUGAUAAAAAUGAGAAUAAACUCCUGCAGUCAUGAGAAUAAAAACAUUAUAUCUUUAUUCUUCAAACAAAAUGACUUGAUGUUUUUCCCUCUUACACCAGAGCGUCGUCUGUCCACGCAGACAACGAUACAGUAGAAGAAGAAUCCUAUUUUCUAGUUUAAUCCACUGAUUUAUUCUGUUUAUUUAAUAGUUUGAUUAUAAAAUGUCAGGAAACAGUUUACAGAGACUUCACAUGUCUGUUUGUCCAAGUAGCAGAUAUUCAUGUUGUAGAAGCUUUUUCUUUCCGUUGCAUUAAAAUCAUUGAUUAUUAUGAUUGUCAGAUAUAUUUUCUGUUUUUGAUUGAAUACUGAAUUGAUAAGUUGCUCAGCCGUAAUAACAUCAGUGCGUGGACAGACGGCGCCGCUGUAAAGGAGUGAAUGUGUCUGUGGUUUUGGGUGAACUGAACCUUUACGUACAGGGAGGGUGGAACACACACACACUUUAUAAUCCGCUGCUUUAAACACACUCCGUCGUGUUGGACUGUCGCCGCGUCUCUGAGCUUUGCAACCACGCCGCGGUUUGUAGAAAACCAGCAACAAACUGAUGUGGACUUGAUGGCGUCCUCUGUGCUCGGUGUCAUGUGACUCAGAAGAGAAAUGAAGUUUAAACUGGUAGAUUUAAGGGAACGCAGGGAAACGUCUUCAUUAACCUGCUCUCAGCUACAUGAGCGUUUCAAGCCGUUUAACACGUGUUUCUUUACUGAGGGAAAACCACCAGCACCUCUGAAGCUCAUCCAUCAACAGCAAGAAAAAGGCGGGAAAACAUUCAGAGGAUUCAUAUUUUCUCUGUUUUGAUAGAAACAGCACUGAAGUUUUAUAGUUUGUUGACAGAGACUUUAAAGUCUGUGAAGCUUUUUAGAUUCAUCAUUUAAACGGGACCAACAGUUAGAUACAGGUACAGGUGAGGAGCGGUGCGUUCAGGGACCAUCAGGUAGAAGCUGCAGUGACUCAGGACUCGCAGCACUUUCUGUGUUUUCAGUAAAAGCCUCAAACUAAACAUGAACAUUGUUGAGUCAUGAUCGUUAAUACAAGAGAGUAUUUAUGUCUCUCUCUCUCUCUGUCUCUCUCUCUCUGUCUCUCUCUCUCUCUGUCUCUCUCU